GGGCGGGAGGACGGGCGGUGCCUCGCCCGGGGCCCGCAGGCUGCCGCCCCGGCGCGGUCCCCUCCUGCCCGGGCUGCUGGGAGUUGUGGUCCGCGGCGGCGGCGAGCGGAGAGGAGCGGAGCGGAGCGGAGCGGCGGCCCCGCACGGCCCUGGCCCGGGCAGCAGAGCCUCCCUCCAGUGCUGCCUUUCAGGAUGGCAGGCCCAGGAGCGACAGCAGGGACCCUCCAGGCACGUCGCUGCUGACCCCUGGCGCUGGGACCCCUGGGCAGCCCGGCCGCCCACCUCCCUGGGAGCUGCUGGCUGCUGCUGCCAAUGCAGAGCUCCUGGGCGUGCAGGGGAGAGCCGCAGCUCCACUUCCCCAUGGCAGCCCCUUCCCCCUGUGUCCCGGCCCAGCUGCAUGGUGUGGGUGUCUCUGAGGACCACGAGGACUGACCGCCGGGCCCCCCUGCGCACACCCACCACCCGCUGCACCACCAUGUCUUUGGAGUGGCUGAUGGACUGGAGCUGGUCCCUGGAUGGACUCCGGGAUUUCAUCGCCACUGGCAUCCAAUCUUUCCGGGACUGCGACGCCACUGCCCUGGCCGCUGUCGCCUGCCUCCUGGUCCUCUUCAUGUGGUACUGCUACCACGUGGGCCGGGAGCAGCCCCGCACCUACGCCACCGUCAACGCCCUGAUGCAGAGCGCCGAGGCCAACGGCGUGCAGAACGGGUACGUCUACUGCCACUCGCCCGAGUGCGUGCGCUGCACGCACCACGACGGACUCAACCAGAAACUCUACCACAACCUGCAGGAGUACGCCAAGCGCUACUCCUGGUCCGGCAUGGGCAGGAUCCACAAGGGCAUCCGUGAGCAGGGCCGCUACCUCAACAGCCGGCCGUCUAUCCAGAAGCCAGAAGUCUUCUUCUUGCCGGAUUUGCCAACCAUGCCCUAUUUCUCCCGGGACGCUCAAAAGCACGACGUGGAGUUGCUGGAGCGCAACUUCCAGACCAUCCUGUGCGAGUUUGAGACCCUCUACAAAGCUUUCUCAAACUGCAGCCUCCCGCAAGGAUGGAAAAUGAACAGCACGCCCAGUGGGGAGUGGUUCACCUUCUACCUGGUGAACCAGGGCAUGUGCGUGCCCAGGAACUGCAGGAGAUGCCCACGGACGUACCGCUUGCUCGGGAGCCUUCGCACCUGCAUUGGCAACAAUGUCUUUGGGAAUGCAUGCAUCUCCGUGCUGAGCCCGGGCACCGUCAUCGCCGAGCACUACGGACCCACCAACAUCCGCAUCCGCUGCCAUCUAGGUCUGAAGACGCCCAGCAACUGCGAGCUGGUGGUGGGGGGCGAGCCUCAGUGCUGGGCUGAGGGCCGCUGCCUGCUCUUCGACGACUCCUUCCUGCACACAGCGUUUCAUGAAGGUUCCCCGGAGGAGGGUCCCCGCGUGGUCUUCAUGGUGGACCUGUGGCACCCCAACGUCGCUGCCGCGGAGCGCCAAGCCCUCGACUUCAUCUUUGCCCCAGGACGAUGACGGCGCUGCCCGGUGUCAUGGGUUCGAGGGCAGCCGGCAGGCAGGCAGCCAUGCUGGCUCAGCUCCGCAGCGGGUCCAGCGCCGCAUGUGGACGCCUGCCGCACUGGAAGCUUCCUCCCAGCACACGGCCUCGGGGUCCUCCCUCCUGGGGCUCUUGUAAAUGGAAACUGUGACGUGUAUCAAUGCCCAUCUCUUUCCUUCCAUCGUUGGCUUCAGGGAUUAUUUUCCAACAUGACAGCGCAUCGCCUUCCUACCGUGGUUAGCUGCAGCACCACUCUCGUAUGUGUUAUGUUGCUACUGUGUUUUGCAGUGUUCAGAAGUAGAGUAACAAAACCAAGGGUGUUUGUUUGAAUGUAAUAAUGUAAAACUUCUCGUGGUCAUCAAAAAAACAACACACACACACACACACACACCCCCCCAAAACAGCAAACCAGCCAAACAGCCUAACACUGUGCUCAGCCUGCCCCUGUCCUGGUUGCAGUCCCCAGAUGGACGGACAGACACCAGGGGCUGCAGCGGGCACAACGCACCCCCUGGGCAGGGACUGCUUAGGCUGGGGCAGAUGGGGCGGUGCAGGCAGGGCAGCGCAGGCAGGGCAGUGCCCUGCCCGCAGAGAGCUCUUGCACCACCAGCCCAGGGGCUCCCGCUUCCUCCCUCGCAUGCCAGCAGGGCCCCGGCAUAUGGCUCCCCAGCCCUCCGCCGCGAAAAACCUUUUUGCCACAGGGGCAGGGAGAAGAGCAGGACGCUGGCUCCCCGGCUGCCCUCGCAGCUGCAGGUGCCCCCAGCCCCAGCAAGGCAGCAAGCCCAGGAGCACCCUGACGUACACCCUGUCGAGGGGACAGCACGCAUUGAGCCCUGCUCUUUAAUCUGACCAAGGGCAUUAUCAAUUGCCAAAUCCCCUCCUUGCUUUAUCUGCAACCUUCGGUUUUCACAGCUCAAGGUGGGAAGCCCCUGCAGGGGCAGGGACACUGUUUGGGAAUGCAGCGCAGGGCUUUUGUUUGUCUGUAAACAAAGGCCAAGGAAGAAAGGAGGUCAUGCUUCCUUCUGCUGCUUGAUCUCCUUUCCUCGAGCCAGGGCAAGUGUACAGAGAGGCAGCUCACGCGUACCUGACAGCAAAGGAAAGGUUUCCAAAAGCAGGGGGUGUUUAAUUCUGCAGCCCGAGGAACGAGCCCUCCACCCCCUGGGACUCCUGCCGGCCCAGCAACCAACACGCUUUUCCUGAAGUCACCCAGCAUCCAGGGUUUGUUUGGGGGUUUCAGGGUACAGAGCUACCAUACAGUUUAUAACACGCUACACGUGAAGCACAGCAUGUCGUGGAUGCUCACUGCUGUCCUUGCGCCUCUGGUUAGGAAGCAGCUGCGCCGGGCUCGGUGGCCUCGGCACAGCUCUGGGGACCACUCGCCUCCGCGCCCUGCCCGGGAGGGAACGCAGCCCUGCUCCCCUACAAUUUCUUUACAGAUUUUUCAGUGAUUAGAUUGCAAGAUAAGGCAGAGAUUUCAAAUACAUCCGAGAUAUUUUUUACACCUGUCUUGUUACAGAAUAUCUGAAGUGCAUGAUUUCUACACGCAUUGACUACCUGGAACCAGACCCUGAGGAAGCAGGCUGGCUUGGUAACUGUCUUAACAGUUUGGUAACAUUCAUACAGUGGAUAAGCAAAGAUUAUCAAUAAACAGUUGUGCUGAAAACAGAA